GGUCGGCGAGCGCUGUCGUUGGGCCGGCCAAUGAGAGAUCAGCCCAGGGGGAUGGCGAUGCAUCGAGGGCCCUUGGCUCAGCCUGCUGCCGUGGGUGAGGGGAGGGUGAAUUUGGUAGAGCAGCCGUCCAGUGGCUCGUCUGCGUACUACCACUUCCUGUGGCAGCAGGAGGCCAGGCUGAGGCAGCGACUGGUAAGUAUGAAGGAACGAACACAUUGCACUGUGUCACCCAUCCUGUGUUCAUCCUGCCCGCAGGAGAGUGAGCUUGAGGGGCUGAAGGUUGAGUAUGAGCUGAUUAGCGCUGGUUUGGCUGCGAGGCAGCGGAGCCUGACCAAGCUUGCGGCGCAGGUGGACCAGCUCAGCAGACAGCACCACCCCCACCUGCCCAAGCAAAUGAAGGUCGGCAGCAUGACAAGGCACUGGGGCUUCGUUCUCUUUAUUCUCCCAUUGCCGGGUGCUUGUGUUUGUGUCAGCAUUUGAAGCGUGACCUGGACCUUCUUGUGGCCACCUUAGCAAGCAUCCUCUCCACCCUCACAGGUAGUAGCCUGGCACCCUGGAUCCAUUCUCAUGCUUCAGUGUCGCCCUGGCUCUUAUCUUUCUUCGUUCAGAUGGGGGUGUUGCGCUCUCACCGUCGUGCAUAUCGCAGAUAGCGGCCCUCAUGCACCCGCUGCUGCCAUACGACGAGCGAUUGAGGACCAGCUUCCAGCAACUCAUGACGCGCCCUUGCAAGGCAGAAGACACCACACGUGCACCCAGGUGUGCUCCGCCAAUCCGACCAAUAAGCCCCACAUCUCGCAGGAGACGUGUGUGUGUGUGCGUGUGUGUGUGCUUGCUGUUGCAUCCGUCUGCCUUCAGCCGUGAGAAUCAGCUUACGUCCAGCUGUCGCCGCGAAGUGGCCGCCCUGCCUCCCUCCAGGAGUGCCUCGCCCACUCUGCCAGCCGCCAAGAAGCCCUCAAUGGAGCUGCCCGAGGACGAGCCCCCUCAGGAGCAAGACUCUCAUUCAGCCCAACCACCAGCAGCAGCAGCAUCGGACAAGAGGCCGUCGGAGCCUUUGGACGCUGCGCAUGCGACCCGAGUUGGGGGCAGGAUCGUCCACAGAGGCGUGAGUCGACAUCCGGCCACAACCACGCCGCCAUCUGAAGGACCGACACGCAGGGCAUCCCUCGCCGAUCAGGCAGGAAGGCCGCGGCUGGAUGUGCGAGUGAGGGCGGCGACGCUGACCAGCGACGAGGGGCGGCCUGCGGCUGUGGAGUCGGUGUGGGUGGAGUUAGGGAUGGGAUCCAACCAUCGCAAGACACCUGCAGCGAUCCCAGUUCUCGCAUCCGCAGAGCCGGGCUGCACAUCGCUGCGAGCUGACUGGCCCUCUAGCACCCCUCCCCUCACUUUCGACUAUGGCCAAGAGCAGAACAUCACGGUCGCCCUGUGGGUGCUGGGCCGCUGGCAGGUCGGCCCGGCGCUGUGUGUGCCCUCACCACACGUGCUCUCCAUCCGCCUUGUCCGUGGGUCUAACAUACCUCGGAGUGAGUUGUUUGGCCCGAGUGAGAGUUUGGUGGAGGCAUACUGGGCGCCUGAGGGAUGGGCGCCGCAGCAUCGAAGGCCCCUGCCGAGCCCUGCGUCGUCUGAUUCUGGUGAGGUGGCGGCCUGCGUAUGUGCCCCAUUCUGGUUUGUGAGUUCUCUCAUGUGUGUGGUGCAGUGUCAGUGAGUGCGGCAAAGGGCGGGGUGGACCCUGUGUGGGAGGAGUGGGAGGGGUGGCUCUUGCUGCCCCUGGCGGACAUGCAGCCAUCACAGGUAGCUAGCUGGGCGAGGGAAGACACAAUAACCUGUCGAACAUUCAAAUGUGUUUGUUUGGUGUGUGACGUUGCAGGACGCAGUUGUGCUGUUUCGCGUGUUGGCAAAGAAAGAUGGCAGUCUGCUCGCUGAGACAUCGAUGCAGGUUGGAGGCCCGUUGCUCCUGAACACAUGCGUCCAAACACCCCUUUCUCUUUGCCUCCACGCAGGCUUUGGCCCUGAUCGAAGCGUCUGAGUCCAAACCCAUCACUGCCCCUCUGCACCUGAGAGGCCGGGCCAUUCCUGACGCGAGCAUCGACCUCGCCGCAGAGGCCCUGCCGACAUGUCAGGCCAAAAGGCAAACGCCACCAGAAAGUGAGCUGACCUGCAAGUGCAAAUAAAGACACCAACACCAUGACGCAUGAUAUGAUGUGUCUCUGUGUUAUUAGUUGUCGCCCGGGGAGAGGUGCCGCUGAUAAACCAGGAGGAGACAGCACGGUCGGAAGAGAGUGUCGUCCAGUAUACUGAGGGGCCCGUAGAGGCUCGGUUAGCAGGUGCUGAUGGGUGUGGGCAUGCGUAUGUCGCGAGGGUUGGCCUUGACGUUCGAUGGCCGCCCAUCGGGGCCCCAGCGCAGUCCCGGUCGACCACAUGGCAAGAUGACCACGAGUGAGUGUGAGUAGCUAGCUGUGCCGGGGACAGGUUGAUGUACCCGUGCAAUCGAUAU